AUGUAUGGUUUUCCUUUUACUUAUUUUAGAGAGACAUAGAGUACAUGAAGACAGAGUUUGCCUUGGUCUACCAGAGUAGUGUGUAUCCAUUGGUUCAUCUGUCUGCAUUACCUCCAUGGUUACCAGGAGAUUUACUUGUAGAGAUGAAAAGACAAGAAGAAAUUGCCAAAUUCCAAAAAAUGAAGUUGGACAAAAAAGGCAUAUUGGCUAUGCUGUUAUCAGCUGAUGUGGAAUAUCAACCAUUUGAUAUGAAGGAAGUGGCAUUUAAUGUGAUUGGUCAAUUUUGUCAUAAUGAUCCAAUGGCUAUUGCAAUCCAAAGUUAAUAUUUGUACAGGAACUACAACAAAGAAGCAUCUGUGAUAUGAACUAUUUUUUAGGCAGCAGAGUGAGCCAGGAUCUGAUUUUAGAUACUCUGUCAAACUGGGUGCUGACAGUAUAAUAGUUGUCGAUCAAUUAACUAAAUAAUGUUGUGUAGACCACAGGGUCUGGCACUAACAGAAGUCCUGCAAUGUAAUUUUGGUCAGCCGAUAGGAAUGAAGUUGCCCAGCAGGGCAUUUUAAGGUUAUGAAAUUUAUCAAAAGAAAUGCCUUAAUUCUGUGAAAUAACUAUGUGCUAGAUUUUAUGUUUUUGUGUUUUGUAAUUGGAUAUUUGUGUCAAAAAAACAUUUGUAUGUUCUUCAUAUCAUUAUACAUUGGUCCUUCCGAUCACCUUAUAAAUAAAAUAGUGUUGAGUCUUUGAUCCGUCCAGGCUUUGGCAAUUUUAUGUUUUUAGAAAUUAUAAUUUAUUUAUAUGCUGUAUUUUUAUAAUUUG